UCGUCGUUUCAUCGCGCCACGCCGUUCGUACGUCGUCCAUCUGUAUUAUCCUGCUGCACCUGCUGCACGAGCUACGAGGAACGAGGAAGGUAUCGCUCGCACAGCCGGCUCGCGCAGUCUUUAGCAGGCCUGCGAAGCGGCGCGCUUCCGAAUCGAAGGGGACCAGUCGGAGACCGGUGAAGCAGGUUGACCCAUGACUCUCGCUAUGUCAACGAGGACGAGGACGUCGCCCGUGUUGACCAUCCACGCGCUCCUCUUGCCGCUUGCGCUCUGCCAGAUGCCGAUGAAUCUGUUGGUCGUGCUAGAGGAAGCCGAUUUGUCUAUCAUGGGUAUAUUGAACGACGCUGUUCCCGCGGCGGAGCAGAACUUCGCGAACGACAUGAUCACCGUGAACGUCGCGACCGUCACGGUGAAUCGCGAGAACGUGGACGCGAGUUUCGAAAAAGUGUGCGCCGUUCUGUACAAAGGAAUAAGCAUCAUACUCGACAUGACGUGGACCGGUUGGGACAAGCUGCGGAACAUCGCCGACGACCGAGGGAUAAUAUACAAGCGUGGCGACUGCAGCAUCAACCCCUACGUCCAAACGAUCGAUGAUCUGUUGAUUAUGAAAAAUGCGACGGACGUCGGCCUGAUCUUCGAGGACGAGAGAGAGCUGAAUCAGAGCCUCUACUAUCUCAUCGGCAAUUCGAUCAUCAGGCUGGUGGUGAUCGAUGAGUUGACGGAGCGAACGGUGUCGAAAAUACGGAGUAUGCGGCCGUCGCCUUCUUAUUACGCCAUUUACGCCAGCACGUCGAGAAUGGAGGAACUCUUCAAGACGGCUAUCGAGGGAGGAUUAGUUAAGAGGGAGGGCAUCUGGAACUUGGUGUUUACGGACAACAAUUAUCGCGAGUUUCAAUACGGAGAUCUUCAGCUCAACGUCUCUUUCACCAUCCUCAAUAUGAAUCCCGACAUCUGUUGCCGUCUGAUAGGCGAGGCAGCCUGCAAUUGCCCCAUGAACUUCAAGAUAUUCCCCUUCUAUUUCAAACGUUUGAUCGGCCUGAUCGUGAGCCUGAUGAGCGACGUGCAGAAAGCUGGGGUGAGCGUGGAGCCGAAAACCGGCCAGUGCUCCUCGUAUAAUUCUACUCCAGCCUCGAACGUCACAGCGGAGACAUUCAACAAGAUUUUGAUGACGAGACUGGACAACAACGAUACUUUCGAGUACUGGUCAGAGAAGUUGAUGAUCACUUAUAGGGCGGAGAUCGAGCUGCAAGCGGUUAGUCGAGGCUCCGUGGAAGCACUCGCAACUUGGACGAGACGUACAAAAAUUAAAGAAGCGGACGGGAAGAAAAUAGAGCCAGCCAGGCGAUUCUUCCGGAUUGGAACCGCACCGGCGGUCCCUUGGUCGGUCAUUAAGAAAGACCCGGCGGGCCAAGAAAUGCACAACGAGGAGGGAAAGGAGAUCUGGGAAGGUUACUGCAUCGACUUCAUACAAAAACUGUCCGAAGUGAUGCAGUUUGAUUACGAACUCGUUAUCCCCGAGGAUCAGGAUUUUGGCAAAAAAUUGCCCAAUGGCGAGUGGAACGGCUUAAUAGGCGAUCUAGCUCGAGGGGAGACCGAUAUCGCCAUAGCGGCGUUAACGAUGACGUCGGAGCGGGAGGAAGUCAUCGACUUUGUCGCACCGUAUUUCGAACAGUCCGGCAUACUAAUCGUAAUGAGAAAGCCGGUGCGCAAAACAUCCCUCUUCAAGUUCAUGACGGUGCUGAGACUCGAAGUCUGGCUCAGCAUCGUAGGCGCUUUGACUCUCACCGGUAUUAUGAUCUGGAUACUCGACAAAUACUCGCCGUACAGCGCGAGAAACAACAAGCAACUCUACCCGUAUCCUUGUCGAGAAUUCACGCUGAAGGAAAGCUUCUGGUUCGCCCUGACGUCCUUCACGCCGCAGGGUGGUGGCGAAGCUCCGAAGGCGUUAUCGAGCAGGACGCUGGUCGCGGCAUAUUGGCUGUUCGUCGUGCUGAUGUUGGCGACUUUUACCGCCAAUUUGGCCGCCUUCCUCACCGUAGAGAGAAUGCAGUCGCCUGUACAAUCGUUGGAGCAGCUAGCGCGGCAAUCGCGAAUCAAUUACACCGUGCUGGCCAACUCCAGCGCUCACCAGUACUUCAUAAACAUGAAGAACGCCGAGGAUAAACUUUACACGGUGUGGAAGGAGAUCACGCUGAACAGCACGAGCGAUCAGGUGGAGUACCGCGUCUGGGAUUAUCCGAUAAAGGAACAGUAUGGUCACAUUCUGCAGGCCAUCACCCAAGUUGGCCCCGUGAGGGACACCGCGGAGGGCUUCAAGAAGGUGAUAGAGAGCGAAAACGCCGAGUUCGCGUUCAUUCACGACUCGUCUGAGAUCAAGUAUGCGGUCACGAAGAACUGCAACCUGACGGAAGUGGGCGAAAUAUUCGCCGAGCAGCCGUACGCCAUCGCGGUGCAGCAAGGCAGUCACCUGCAAGAGGAAAUCAGCAGAAAGAUCCUCGAUUUGCAGAAGGACAGAUACUUCGAGACGCUAGCGUCCAAGUACUGGAAUCAGACGUUAAAGGCCCAAUGCCCGAAUUCCGAUGACAACGAGGGCAUCACGUUGGAGAGUUUGGGAGGCGUGUUUAUCGCCACUUUGUUCGGGCUCGGCCUGGCGAUGAUCACUUUGGCCGGUGAGGUGAUCUACUACCGCAAACGCGCCGUGAAGAGCAAGCCGAGCGACAAGAGGACGACGAGUGACAUCAAGAACGACAAGAUCAUGCAGAAGAUCGCGUCGAAGCUGCAGCUCAAGCCCGCGCCUACCGACGCAUUUUUCGGCAAGCAACUCGCCGGCAAUCAGGCGCCGCGCGUCUCUCACAUUUCCGUUUAUCCACGGCAGUUUCCCUUCAAAGAAUGAACCUUGGGAGAGCCCGCUACUCAAGGACGCUCCGCAUCCUGCGACUUCGAUUCCACGCGCGUCUCUCCGAGCUUUCCCUCUCGUCUCUCGAGGAUACACGAGGCACUUUUAACAGAUAGAACUCAUCACCGGAGUCGAGAAGUAGCACCCAAGGCGAUCCUCUCGCACUUGCGAUUUGCGUCUCAAGCGUUAUUCAUGUCCAGACAAUACCCAGUCUCGUUGUAAGGUCCAAUAAAACAUCGCACGGAGGCAAAAUAAAGUCUACAGACUGUCGAG